AGUCGAAAAAACGACUGACUACCCUUCGGCUGAGUACUCCCUGGUGGAGGAUGUAGCCCUCCACUUCACGUGUUUGAUGGACAGACUGAACGAGCAGCGCCUCUUUCAGCCGGACCUGUGCGACGUGGACAUCGUGCUGGUGCAGCACAAGAGCAUCUUCCCAGCGCACAAGGGGGUCCUGGCGGCCUACAGCCAGUUCUUCCACUCCCUCUUCACCCAAAACAAGCAGCUGCAGCGCGUGGAGCUCUCGCUGGAGGCCCUCACCUCGCAGGGCCUCCAGCAGAUCCUCAACUUCAUCUACACCUCCAAGCUCCUCGUCAACUCCUGUAAUGUGCAGGAUGUGCUGAACGCGGCUGCUGUGCUGCAGAUGAACAACAUUGCCUCCUCCUGCCAGGACCUCCUUGACACCCGCUCGCUCAGCCUGGCCGCCGACAUGGCCCUGCCCGCUGAGGGCUGCGCCGGACCCCCGCCCUACUACUGCGAGAUCAAGCAGGAGGUGGAUGCCCCCCAUCCCAAGAUCUACGCCCGGGAGGGCAACGACCCCUACUCGGUGCGGGUGGAGGAUGGAGCAGGUGGUGGGACGCUCCCCCCUGGUCCAGCCAAGCAGUACUACAAGGAGGAGAAGGAUGGUGGUCCGGGCACUGUCUGUAAGAUAGAAGGCGAAGAGUCCGAGGAGGACCUGGACAGCCAGGGCUCGUACAACCGGGAGCAGAUCAUCGUGGAGGUGAACCUCAACAACCAGACCCUCAAUGUCUCCAAGGGCAUGGAGGGGAAGGCAGCCGCCAGCGAGGCGGCCGUGAUGGGGCGGCCUGACGGUGAUGGGCGCGACACAGAGGAGGAUGGGGAGGAGGAGAAUGAGGAAGGGGAGGAGGAGGAGGAAGAGGAGGAGGAUGCAGAGGUGGGCGAGGAGGAGGAGGAGGAGCACAGCGAGGAGGAAGACCUGGAGGAGACGACGGAAGAAGAGGACGACGAUGACGACGAUGAAGAUGCGUCAGAGGUGAAAAGGGAAAAGGGCGGGCAGCCCCGCAGAGGCAGCCGGGCGUCCAAAGCCACCAAACCUGCCAUGGCAACCAGGUCCCAGGAGAUAGCCAAGGUGGAAGAGGAGGAGGAGGAGGAGGAAGAGGAAGGCCAGCGAGGGAGGAAGAGGAAAAAGGAGCAGGAUGGUUUGGGCCAGAAGGUGAAGCUGGAGGAGAAGCAGCACUACCCGUGCAAGAAGUGUCCCCGGGUCUUCAACAACCGCUGGUACCUGGAGAAGCACAUGAACGUCACGCACAGCCGCAUGCAGAUCUGCGACAAGUGCGGCAAACGCUUCCUGCUGGAGAGCGAGCUGCUGCUGCACCACCAGACCGACUGCGAGAAGAACAUCCAGUGCGUGACGUGCGGGAAGGGGUUCAAGAAGCUCUGGUCCCUCCACGAGCACAACAAGAUUGUCCAUGGCUAUGCCGAGAAGAAGUUCUCCUGCGAGAUCUGCGAGAAGAAGUUCUACACCAUGGCCCACGUGCGCAAACACAUGGUUGCUCACACCAAGGACAUGCCGUUCACCUGCGAGACCUGUGGGAAGUCCUUCAAGCGCAGCAUGUCCCUCAAGGUCCAUUCGCUCCAGCACUCUGGGGAAAAGCCUUUUAAAUGCGAGAACUGCAAUGAGCGCUUCCAGUACAAGUACCAGCUGCGCUCCCACAUGAGCAUCCACAUCGGCCACAAGCAGUUCAUGUGCCAGUGGUGCGGCAAGGACUUCAACAUGAAGCAGUACUUCGACGAGCACAUGAAGACGCACACGGGCGAGAAGCCCUACAUCUGCGAGAUCUGCGGGAAGAGCUUCACCAGCCGCCCCAACAUGAAGCGGCAUCGCCGGACCCACACGGGCGAGAAGCCGUACCCCUGCGACGUCUGCGGCCAACGCUUCCGCUUCUCCAACAUGCUCAAAGCACACAAGGAGAAAUGUUUCCGCGUCAGCAACCCCUUGGCUUCGGACACAGCCGUCCCCCAACCCGCUGCCAGCCCGGCUCCGCUGCCCCCUGGCCCCGGCGUCUCCCCCCUGCCCCUGCCACUGCUUCAUCCCCUUCCACAGACCCUCCCUCCUCCUCCUCACCUACCGCCGCCCCCUCCCCUGUUUCCCGCGGGGAGGAUAAAUUCAAACAACAACUAGGUGCCCCCCACCCUGGCCAUGUGCCCGCACGGACUGCUCAGCCCUUUGGGAACGCCUCCCCCCGGGGAGCCAAGGCUUCGCUUGCUCUCUACCCCCCUUCCUCCUCGUUUUGAGGUUGUUUUGGGUUUUUUUUUCCUUUUUCUCACCCAUCAUUCUCCGCGGAGAGGGGGAGCAGGAGGAAGCCCCCCCUGAGGAGCGUGGAUGUUGGGGGGGAGAACCACCAUCCGUCCGGGUGUAGGUAAAAGGUGUCGUUCUCCAUUUCAUCUUCCCGUGCAUCGGCUUCAUCUUCAUGCCGGGAUGCUGGCAGGGCUCAGAGGAGCAGGAUGCCGCGCCAUCCGGGGUUGAGCUCGCCGGCGUCGUAUGCCCGCUCGCUAGCCAAAUGAAUGCCUGCUGGCGGUUCAAUAUUUAUCAUAAGCCGAAAUCUAGCUAGUGGUGCUUGAAUCCCUGUACUGUAAAGCUGGUCUUUCAAUUCAGGCUCUUUUCCCAAGAGGCUGAGAGGUGGGCACCGCAGAGGAGUCCCCGCCGGUCCCGUCUGCCGGCCCUGGUGGCCCGUGGCGAGCGAGCAGAUGUCCCCGUUGGAAAGCCGUCAGCCUGCUCUCAUUAGCAGCCCUCACCGUGUCUUCCUUCCCCACGACAGGUUUUCCUCCUCGAUAGGUGUGAAAGCACAAACACCGGCGUUGCAUCUCGGAGCAUCGGCAGCUCGCUGCCAGUUCAUUUUUGGGGUGCCCUAAGGGAGCUGGGCUCUGGUGUGCCCUUUCUGCUAAUCCCAGCAGGAGCCGGGCUCCUGGGGAUGCUCUGGAGCUGGCAAGGUGUCCCUGGGAGAGCUCAGAUGGCCUCAGGACCGGUGGGAGGGUGGCUCCGCAGCAGCCCAGGACAGAGGAGUGGGACGCCGCCGUUUCUCGGCAGAAUCAGCCCAGAAUAGUGCCUUAACAAUUUGAAUAAACCCCUGACUGAUGGGUGAGCUCCAGGUUGGGUCCCAUUGCAAGGUUUAGAGCUAAAGCAAGACCGCAUUCAGCCUGAUGAUGAUGUCCCAUCCUCCAGCUUGUUGCCCGCGUCGCUCUCCCAAGCUUUACCUCCCCGUGGGGUUGGCAGCUGUUGCCCUGCCCUGGCUUGGGGGGACCAGAGGGGACCGGUGAGGGCUGUGGUUGGUUUGGUGACGCCCCACCGUGUUGGUUAGCGCUCCUCUGACCGUGUUGUGUUUGUUGAAGUUGAGCUGGUCUUUGGCUUCACUUAUUCAGGCUGGUUUUGUGCCAGCGGAGGAGGAGGAGAAGAGGAAGGCUUUGCCGUUACCUUUUUGUUGGAUGCUGGGGUCCAAGCUGCAUCUCUCGCUGCUGUGCUCUGCCCCAGGGUGUCAUGUGUUGGCCUAACCGUGGCUGUGCGGUCUCCCUGCCUAGGGAAGUGUCCCCUUUGGGGUCAGGGAGAGCUGGGAGCGCUGCAGGGGCUGCAGAGCUUCCAGCACGGGCAGAGAGGUGCCGGCCAAAAGGUGGGAUGCGUUGCAGCUGAUGCCUUGCUCCCAAGGCCAGCGCUGUGGAUGCCUGCGGACGUGGGUCAGGUCACAGAGGUGGUGAGCAGGUUGUUGGUAGGCAAGAAGGAAGAGAGGACAUCGAGCAGGCUGCAGGAGCCCUUUCCCAUUUGCACCUCAGUCUGGGUGAUAGCAGGGUGCUGGUGACAGUAAGCCACAUCUGGCUCUGCAAGAAGUCUUGGUGCUUCGUCUCCUGGACCAAAUCAGCAAAGCACUUGGGCAGUGUUGAGGCUGUCCCUGCAGAGCCGGGAGGAUUCAGCCACGUGCUCAGGAGCUUUGCUGACCUGGGACAUGCAGGAGCAUUAGCCUGAUAGGGAUGGGACAGGGGAGCACCCGCUGUUCUCCUGAGUGCUGUUUGAGGUGAUGGGUUAGGUGACUGAUGUCCCCUCCUGCUGAGUGGUGCCCCUCAUGCCUGAUGUCUUUUGGAAAGCUGGCUGCUCUUGUGGUUGUUAGCAUGUUGGAGCAACAGAUUGCUUUUCAUCCUUGUGUUGUCUGGGAUCCUGUGGACCCCCAGCACCGCAAUCAGUACCAGUGAGCUCACCCUCAUCUCCAUCUGCUUUGAGCAAAGGGAAGAUGCUAUGGCAGAGCUGCCUCGCCAUAUUGAUCUUCUCAGAUAGGUACCAAAGGCUUCUCCGCUCUCCUUCCUCCACGACCCUGGGGCUUAUUGGGAUGGUGCAAAGCCUUCUCAAACACACACCUGUGAGGGAUGUGGGCACUCAGCUCUUGGGGCCAUUGGCUUUCUGAAGGGACCGUGACCCAGACUAGAAGACGAUUGGUUUAGAGAAGCCUUCAGUGAUACCCUUGGAGGUGUUGGAGGGCCUUAGUAGAGUGGUCCAUGCUGUCUCCUCCUCUGCUGCCUCCCAGACCCCAUCCCCUCGGGCUCCCUUGCAUUUCUUUCCCCUCACACAGCCUUGACAUGGGAUGGAAGUACUGCACCCUGAGGAGGACUCACCUUGCCUGUAGGAUCUUCUGUGGUGGAGCCUAUCAGCCUGCCUGGCUGGUAGACUUCUCCCCCCAAGCAAACCCCCACGCCAACAUGUGCUCCCUUGUACUUGGAGGUGGCUUUCCCUGUCCCUGUCCCGGUUCAUCCUCUCCCGGUGAGGACCUGUCCCGCUUGGACGUCACUGCGAGAUGAGAGCUCCUCAUUGAGGCUAGAAGCCCAGUGGAAAGCCCAGAGACUGAUCCCAGCUGCGUCCGAUGCCCUUCGAGAGCCUGCCCGGAGAGCCACUUGGAGACGUCGAGAUGUGACCAUGCACACAGCACUUUGGAGAACCAGAUCCCUGCUGCUCCCUCCCCUCUCCAAGGCCUGGGCAGUUCCCAGGAGUCCUACAUGGCCUCUGAGCCCUUUUGUCUACACCCUUACUCGGCCCCGAUGUGUCUCUUCAUGUCUGGUUUUCAUUAAUGUACUAAGAGCUCAAACGAGUCGCUCCCGCAGUGUCUCGUCCCGCACCCAUCCCAGUCAGCCCCGUUGGCACCCGUUGGGUUAAACGGGGCAGGAGGUGGGGGAGUUGGGUCCGUUGUUUUCAAGCUUUUUAUAUUUUAUUUUAUUUUUGUUUUUUAAAUUUUUUUUUGUUUAACUCUUGCACCUUAAUCUCUCACAUCCCUUCUUCGACAGACUGCGAGGGUGGAGAGGGGCUUGAUUUCCAUUACGCAGUUCAUGAAUAUGCCGCAACGCAACGUUCAGCUGACAACCCUGCCCACGCGCCUAACCCCAGACCUCUCCGGGUUUGAAUUUUUUUUCCCCCUUCAUUUGAACUCUGGGGAGGGAGGGAGUCAUGUGGGGAGGGUCAUUUUUGGUUUAUAUAUCCCAGGAGCCUGGUAGCACAGACCAGUUAGCCUCAUAAUGUCCCUGAGGCAUGGCUGGCCCUUUGGACCACAGCCAUAACCCCAGCGCGGUGGGAAGGUAAUGGAUGGAUGGAUGGCCGGCGGGUGGGAACAGCUGUGACAGUGCAAUAGAGACGAGCAUCCGCUGCUAGACAACUCCACUGAUUAAACUCUUGGUUUGCCCGAAGUUGAGAGGGAAGGACGGACGGACAGACGCCCUUUGUUCACAAGGACGGAGAGAGCUUCCCCACAUGCAGCCCUGCCUAGUGAUAUGUAACCACGACGGGAGUUGGGUCGAACUUGCAAAGGAAGAAAAUAAUAAUAAAAAAAAGAGGAAAAAAAUAGGAAUAAGAACAACCUCAGUAGCAUGGAACUUGAAGGAAAUGAAUGAAACCCCAAGCACUUGCCUCAAAACUAGUUUCUCAUGCCUGAUGUUCGGCUCUGUAUUAUUUUAUGGCAUUCAGUAUCGGUUGCCCAAACAUGCGAAGUUAAGAGUGUAUCGGUGGCUCUACUAGUGUGAACAAACUAAAUGAAGCACUUUAUUCUGUAUAGAUAAGGGAAGGCGGGGAGGGGAAGCUUGGAUGCUUUUCGGAAGCAUCUUAAGUAAUGUUCUAGGAAAUGUAUUAUUAUUAUUACUUUUUUUUUUAUGACCAUGUGUAAUCAAUAUAUGUUUAUCUUUAACUCCAA